CCUUUUCAGUGGAGGUAAAUUAGUAUCCUUUCAAAGGGGCAACGCACUGUGUAAUCUUUGACUGUGCAAAUUCCUAAAUCCAUCUCCUUAUUUUUCCCUGAGAGGAAACCUAGUUCCCAGUAAAAAGAAGCGACAUGUGAACAAGAGGUCUUUUGAAUCCAAAAUGGGCAGAAAAUGAAAUUGUUAUGGCUCAAUGACUCAGCAGGGCCCUCCCUUUAAUUUUAAAGAUUUUUUUCCCAAGUCUCAGAUAGUUCGUUAUUGAGAUCAAGGAGAGCAGGCAUAACAGCUCCUUUUCUCCUUGGCUAUGGCUCACUGGAAUUUCUCCCUUCUCUUUGGCUCCGCAGUCCUUUGGGCUAUGCUGAUUCCAUGCCGUGCCUUCCCAACAGGAGCUCCUGCCUCAGCCUGUGAGAACAUGUUACCUGUGCACACUGGGGUCCAGCCCCAACCAACUCGGGCUCCCUAUGAAUUUCUGUUGAGCUCACCGUCUUUCCUAAACGGGCAACCAAUUAACAUUCAGAUCCUUGGCCCUGCCUACAAAGGACUGUUAUUAGAGGCUCGCUCCUUUGGCUCCAACGCUGCCCUGGGCAUUUGGAAAACUCCACCUAACAACACAAAAUUCUUGCAGUGCUCUGGAAAUCCACAUGGAGCUGUGACUCACUCCAACACUAAUUUAAAAACAAGGCAGACUACGUAUACAUGGCUCCCGCCUAACUCUGGCUGCCCCCCAGUGGUUAUGUUCAUAGCAACGGUUGCCCAAUCUCGUGAAAUCUACUGGACCAAUGUCAAGUCUAAAGUGAUCUGGAAAAAUCCCAAAGCUACUUGUGGAGCCCAGAUGCUAACCAGAACAUGGCCUGCUGCAGCACUGUUAUCAUCUAUGCUACUCAUUUUGCUUGUAUACCUUUAGAGACCCUUACAAAAAUGACUACUUGGUAGUUGUGAAUGAAUGGAAACAGAAUAAUAAUUUUUGUC